GUCAAGUGGCCCUUUCCUCCAUACCAAUACAGCCGCGCCAGCUCGAGCAAGCCUGUUCGUUCUCUUUGGGCAGCUUUGGGCACGGUCUCUGCAUCGCUGAACCCACGCAGCUCGGGAUCGCCUCGAUUCGCACCUCUCCGCAGCCAUCGUACGCGUGCCGCCCACCUCACCCCAGACGCCCUCUCCCGCGAACGUCCGAGCCCGUCCAGACCUUCGAGAGCAACGUCGAUUUCGCGGGAAAGAAGAGAAACAUGGAACUCUCGUCGAAAGCGAUAGGAGAGGUCGUCCACCCUACCGCGGCCUUCUACCAGACGCCUUCGGAGCCCGAAGCCGGGUCCGGCUCCGGCGCCGUCGCUGGUUACGAUCCCGCUCCCUCGUGGGACGGCUCCCUGCUGAACCCCAAGAACCGCAUCGACAGCCUCGAUUUCCCCGACAAGCCCCUAUGGCGUGUCGACGGCUGCGCCGGCCUGGGAACCCAGUACUACGUCAUCCCGCUCUUCCUCGAGCGGGUCCCUCCCAUACGCAUGGACGUCUUCGUUUCCGACGACCAGCCCUCUCUCGUCCGCGAGCAGCUCGACCUCCACAAGGCUUUCCACACGAAGGACUCCGUCCGACUACCCCGACUCGCCAUCGCGAGACACAUCGUCCGGAUCCUGCAGAUAUGGACGGAGAAGGCCUUCCCGAGCCUAGAGGCCUUUGAGAGCUUCUAUAGAAGUGUGCCCUUUGGCUCGCGUCUCGUCCUAGAGAACAUGUCGCUCGAUACGCAUCGUGUCAGGGUGCAGGUCGGCCUCAAUCAUAACUUGGAACUGAAGCUGCUGCCUCUCUCGAGGCUGACUUACUUUUGGGGGUCAGAUUUCCCGUUUCCCGAAGUCGUCGACUUCUUCGACCUGCACGUCGUCAGGGUCCUGCACGACAGCGUCUGUCUCGUCUUGAUCCGCGACCAGCUAUACAUAUUCAAGGCAUUGACGAGCGGGGCAAAGUAUCUCUAUCACGAGUUGAGGACGCUCUGCACGCUAGAGCCGCAUGAUAACAUUAUCGCUCGGCCCAUCCACAUCGUCACGAAGAAGUGCAACUUCGGGACGAAGAGAGCUGUCGCCGGCUUCACUACGUUCUACCACUCCAAGGGCACGCUUCGGGACGUCCUGCCCCUCUUGCGUGCCAACGGCCAGCUGCGGCGCGAGGAUCAAUUAAAGUGGUCAAUUCAGCUAGCUCGAGCUCUCGAGCACCUCAAGAGUCGCUCGGAGACGUACUAUCCAGACCUACGUCUCGACAACAUCGUCCUGUCCGAGCAGUCCGAUAUCAUCAUGAUCGACUUUGAGCAGAGGGGCGUCUGGUGCGAGUUUGCCGCCCCGGAGGUCAACGCUAUCGAAUACGUCCGUCUGCUCGCGACCGACGAGAACGUACCCGAACACGUGGGUGAGAAAUACAAGAAGUUGCUGGAGAGGCUGGUCCCGUCUUUCGAGAGCUUGGAGGACGAACGGUACUCGAACCCGGAAUUCGGAUUCAACUUGCCUUGGAUCGCGCUCAGCGCCGUGGAGCAGGAGGCUGCCGAGGUGUACAUGCUUGGGAGGGUGCUGUGGUGCAUCUUCGAGGGCGUGAGCGGCCCCCAAAAGGCAGCCGUAUGGCAAUCCUACAGAUGGGAAUCCGACCUCGAGUUUCCCGAGUACCGAAGGACCCCGCCCGCGAUCAGGAAGCUGAUUGACGACUGCACGAACGGCCGGAGGGGGACGCUGAGCAAUGCCAUUGCGAGACGACAUAGCCAGCUCGUCCUGACCUCCAAGGACGUCGACGAGCAGACGGCAGAGGACGUCAAGAAAGCUGCGAGGAGCUUCUGGUCAACUGAGAUCGAGGUGGCGGAGCAAUUUCUCGAUCUGAGAGAAUCGCAACGUCUGACGGGGGAGCGGAACGAGAAUUUCUACGGGCGCCCGAGCCUGAAGCAGGUCUUGGAAGCUUUGGAGGCGUUUCGGGACAGCACGUUGUGAGAUCACGCUAUCAGCAUACGCGGGUAGCUGAAGUGAGGGAACGAUUUCCUUGUAAAGGAAGAAACCCGCACAGGGAGACUACCCGGCUUAGACCGCCUCCACAUUCUUUGGUCACGACAAACAAACAGGGAAUUAUAAUCCCUCUCCGACUGCGAGUCUAUCCUGUCUGGGGCAGCAAUUGCGGUAGCUAUUGCUUCUUUGCUGCGGAGCCCAAGGUUAGAGUAGCAUCAAACUGCUGCGUCUGAAGGGUUGCUGGCUCGUGAGCGCGACAAGGGGGACAUGCGCGCCCAUCGAGCAGGCCCCCUAGGAGAAGUGGAACUAGGGUCCUUUUUUAUCUUCUUCCAUU